UUAGAUAUAUAUUAUUGCCAUUUUCAGACAAAUUUAUUUAUAAUUAAAAAUAAAUAAAUAAGACUGUCUUGCUGUUGUCUCCAAAUGCCAGAUAUGGACCCACAUGGAGCAGGACCCGCUAUACAGACUUUGUUGAUGAGGCAGGAUGAGCAUCGUUCAAGUUUGCUUUGGGAUGUGCAUUUGGAAGGCAAGGAAGUGCCAGGUGUAUUGACUUGUCGUCACCGAGAUAAAGGUCUGCUUGAAGGUAGGGUAGAUGGGUUAGAUCCACGAAUUGUCGCUUAUAUCACUGAUGCGGGGUUAGAUGGGCUACUUCGGGUCCCAAAUAUGGACAUUGACCAUGCAUUGAUCACAGCGUUGGUGGAGAGAUGGCGGCCGGAGACGCACUCAUUUCACUUGCCCCACGGUGAGAUGACCAUCACACUACAAGAUAUGGAGGUUAUAAUGGGGGUACCUAUAGAUGGCUUGCCGUUGGUGGAAUGUAUACCCUCGACGGGCAGUUGGCGUGAUGUCUGCCUUAGAUUGCUAGGGUAUAUACCGCCAGAUAGAGAACUUGGUCGUAAGAAGAACACUGGAGUGCUGGAAGGGGCGAGCAUAAAAGCCAAAUGGCUUGAGGAUCGGUUUAGCAACCCUCUCUCGGUUGACGCCCCUGAGGCACUUGUGCAGAAGUAUGCUCGUUUUUACAUAGUGGAGUUGUUAAGUGGUACGCUAUUUAUGGACAAGUCUGGAGAACGGAUCUCAAUUAGGUAUCUGCAAUUUUUCGAUCCAAUCAUCAACGGAAAGAAGUAUAGUUGGGGUAGUGCAGCACUAAGUUGGCUCUAUAGACACCUCUGUAAGGCAUCAGAGAAGACAGCCAAGCAGAUCGGCGGUGCACUGCUAUUGGUGCAGUUGUAGGCGUGGGCGAGGUUUCCCCACAUAUGUCCUAUGAUGAGGCAUCCACACCAGGCACUGCCUCCAGGUCCACUUGCUGUCAGAUGGAAAGGGGCUAAGAUAACAAUUGAACAUUCAGUGCACGUCCUACGUGCCUAUCGUGUGUCGCUUACUUCGUUACGGCCAAAUCAGGUAUCAUGUCUUACAAAUUGUCUGGGAGCCGUACAGAAAUUAUUUGCGUUCUCUACACGCAUAUUGUACGGCAGGCCAACACAUAUGGAGGUCUAUUGUGCCGCUCAUACAUUUUUGGGUGGUUGAAGGCCAUCAUCCUGAACGUGUUCUCCGACAGUUUGGGAUGAAGUAAGGCAUACCAGUCGAUAUUGAUACUUCAAUUGAACUGCACAAGAUCACCCUCCAAGGCAAGCACCAUGAAGAUUGGGCCAAAGUACAUGCCCCGCAUUUUGCUAAAUGGGCUGCGCAUGCCAAAAUUGCCGAUGCACCGGCCUUUCAUGGGGAGAUGAGCUACAAUGACGAGUAUAUGGUGUGGUUUCGUCCCCGCACUGUUCGCCAUAUUACAAAAGAGACUUUG